UAACCUAACGUAAAAUUUUCAAUGAGCCGCCAUGUUGGGAAGCCAAACCCCUCUUUCAUUCGUUUGAGAAAGGACAGGAUACACUUCCAGAGGAGUUUACGGAAGUGCAGGCUGUAGUUGAGCGGUUAAAUCUGAACCGAAACACCCACCGAGGUGCCAUCCGAGCCCGGUUUGUCUCCGGUCCUUUCCUCAGCGAAUUUCAGCCACUUCUUCUGCAAUGGCGACCGCGACUCCGACCGGUCAGAGGAGCACGUGCGGCAGCGGCACACCGCUGAGCCCGACCAGGAUCACCCGCCUGCAGGAGAAACAGCAGCUCCGGGACCUGAACGACCGCCUGGCCGUCUACAUCGAUAAAGUCCGCAGCUUGGAGUCCGAAAACGACAUCCUCCAGCUGAAGAUCAGCGAGAAGGAGGACGUGCGGAGCCGGGAACUGACCGGGCUGAAGGCGCUGUAUGAGACGGAGUUGGCGGACGCCCGGAGGAGUCUGGAUGAUUCCUCCAAGGAGCGGGCCUGGCUGCAGAUCGAGCUGGGGAAGAUCAGAGCCGAGCAUGAGCAGCUCCUGCAGAAGUAAGCUUCUAACCUUAAUCACACUACAAGGUCUUAAUGCGGACACGAACUUUACACGAUUAGCUCACAGCUAAAGGCUAAACUUUGAUUUUCGAGCCAUUUUUGCAGCAUUACGUACGCGGGUCUGAGCGAGAGGUUACGUUUCCUGCCCUGCUGAGAGCGUCACUCAAACCCCGACCAAAAAUACCAGCCUUAAAAAUAACUCUCAUAUACCCCUUAACUUACUUGAACUCAAUAUUGUCUGCAUUCAUGUGUGGUUAAAAGAAUAAACAAUGUUUUUGAAAUGAUUGGCAGCUUUAACCCGCCCACCAUUGUCUGUCCAGCUACAAUAAAAUGACAAUAAGGUCCUCUUUAUAGACCUUAAGUGCUUUAAUUUAUGUUUAUGAAUUAGCAAGUAGUAAUCACAGCUGACUGACUGACUGACUAGAAGAAAGUCUACUUAGAGCAUUAACAAGGUUAAUCAGACAGUCUGACUGCAUUGAAUGUGACGUGGUGCCUUCAGGGUCUUUUGUGGAGUCCGUUCAGAACAAAAGGCAGAAACACGGGUGCACAACUCAAGUAUUAUCUUUGUUUUUUUGAGAGGUUAAUAACGAUUAUAAAACUGUUUUUGCUACAGUUAUAGCAACACAAUUAUUUGAUAAAUAUUUGCUGUGUAAUAUCAGAGUUUCACCAUUUAUUCUAAUAUUAAUGGAAUAAUUAUUCUAUUAAGAAAAUAAAGGUAAAAUAUUAUCAUUAAGUAGUAGUCUAAUUUGUACUAAAAAAUCUAAAUUCUGUCCACCUGAUGGUGAGAGUACGUGCUUGGAAAGACUUCAAACAGCUGUCAUAUUAUCAGGUUUUAUAUGUUUAAAGGGAAAAUUAGAAUUGUGAUACUAAACAGUUAUUCUUUCAUUUUGUAUCUUAAAUGCAAAAACUGCAUUGAGUAAAAGUUAAGAAAUAGACUUAAGGAAGUGGAGGUUUUUUAAGGAUAUGCAAAUUGUAACUUUUAUAGUCCAAGUAGUGUUUAUUUAUUGAAACAGACAGGGUUUCAUCCACUUGUGCACGUGCCUGUUCGUCUGUCACACCAUAUAUGUGAUAGAAAUUAACAGCUGCAGCUCACAGCUGUUGACCUGCGGUGAAUGAAUAGACAAUGUGGAGCUUUUCCUUCUUAAAGUGAGCUUUUGUAAUUGAAUUUAAACCUGCAGAAUACAUGCUAACUUUUUGUUGUUGAAAAUGUGUCGGGAAAAUGUGUAGUUUUCGUGUUUCAAUGCCCGGCAGUGUUGAGUUGAGAACAUUUUAAAGCAGCACUCCCAGCUGUGUGUAUUUAACUGUGUGAAACCAAACUAGCUGAGGACGCGCAAGAUUUCACCCGAGUGUAAAAUCCCUCAGAGAGGUGAAAAUGGUGACACAGAUUUCUCUGUAGGUGCUCAAUAAACAUCCCAAUGCUCAUGUAAAGCUGCGCACAAGUGCUGCAGUCAGGUGUCAUGUGUUGUCAAGCAGAGGCAGUGUGUUUGUGUGUGUGGCCAGCUCUCUGACAGCAGAUCACAGGUGGCAGCUACACCUGUUUGGGUUUGCGGUCUUUAAUGGCCAGUUGACAUGAGCCAUUAAUCCUCUUCACUCAGUUUUUGACACGACGACUCGUGCGUGGAUUGUGAUACUUGAUGGUUUAUGCUCUAUUACAAGUCAAUAACUUUCCUUUAAGUUAAAGCACGACGGACUCACAGCUUGUUGUUGGUAUUUAAUGAGCCCUGAGUACCAUUAUGGUUUAUGCUGUUAAUGUGAUUAUACACUAGUGUGAGCGUUUCACAUUUUAUGUUGGAGUGACCAUGUCACUCUGCAAUACUCCAUCUUUACACUACUGGCAGUGUGAUUUCAGCGCUACUACGAUUUCAACGCCACAACAUAGUCCGAUUGGUGAGGCGUCACCUAAUAGUGACAGAACUGUCCUGUGAGUGCACACACUUAAUUGUUUGCUCCUUUAUUGUAUAAUACUGUUAAAUUUUCUGCUUAUAUUAAAGUUUGAUUUUGUGCAAUUUCAAUUGGACCAAGGCAAUAAAUUAUUCUUUUUUUAAACAACAUGUAAACAUAGUGAGUGACAUCAGCCUUCUGAGUGCUGAUACUGUGCCAAAUUGCCAACAGUGGGUCCUGUUACUCACCCAACUAGAGACAGACCUAGGGCUGGGCGAUAUGGCGUCAAAUCAAUAUAACUCAUUACCCCACUCAUAACAAGUCGGAAAUAACGUUGUGUGUUGCUGUGCUCACUCAGGGCGUGUAGAGUCAUUCAGCGGUGUGCCUGAAUGAAUGUAGGGGAAACCCUGCUGAUACAUAUGAGUCCGAGGUAGAACUCUGUGAGAUAAAAACAAAUUUUUUUUUUAGCGGUGGCGGUGCGCCACAAUCAAUUGCAUGUAGGGGAAACCCUGUGUCUUUCCCUCUUUGUUAGGGACUGGAUGGGGUGGAGUCAUGUCUCUGACGUAGGACAGCGUCUUAAAGGGACAUGAGAACAUAGCAUACCUAAACAUAUUCAAAACCAACAUUUAUUUAUGUUUUUGACAAAGAAUAUAUUGACAUGGGCAAAAUGACGUUGGUUAUUGUCAUAAAUUUCGGUAUCGAUUACUUUUUCAGUCUAUCACCCAGCCCUAGACAGACCUCUGUUUUCCUUUUCACACACAAGCGGUGAGUUUAGUGAAAGUGAGAAAUGGCGAUGUGACAGGAUGAAUUGACGUGUGAACCAUGUCUCAUUCAGCUUUCGUUGUUGUAGUGAAGUGUCUUCUUUUACUAAACUGAUAGAGAGCUGACCACCUUUGCACCCUGCACAGAAGCUUUGAGGCUAAAACGCCCGUUACAGCUGAUGGAAACCAAAGGAGCAGAUUAAUUUGGCAUAGUUAGAUUAGUCAAUAAUUAUCACUUAAAGACAGUGAACCACCCUGACAGUGAUGUUUUCCCGUUAGAUCAGGACAUACUCAGUCAAAUCACUCCAAUAUGACCAAGAGUUGUUGUGAGUAAUAAUCUUGUUAUUAUGCUUCAAGAAGCUGCGGAUGAAAGUCAACUCGUGUCGAGUAAACCCUGCAGUGAGAGCACAUGUUCAUACAGAACCUUAAUUCAGAGGUGUUUCAGACAGAGGCCAGGCGUCAUGAUCACUUCAGUGUGUUUUCUGUCUUAUUAAAGUUGUGAGUCUGGUGUAAGGGGGCCCCCAGAGACCACACACAGCAGGUUUGACUUUAACUGUGCUUUCCUGAGUUUGUGGCUGAAGCUUGUGUUUUAAUGGAGCGAGCAGGAAGAGCUGGAUCUUGUGUAGUAAUCCGACAUCAACUUUGUGAUGAUUUCAAGCCUACAUUGGAGUGUCUGUAGUUUUUCCCUGAGCUGUUUUGGUCUCACAGAGAUCGAGAGUUCUCUCCGUCGGGUCAGUGGUUUCCCGCCCAGCUAAUGCUUCUCAGUAAAAUGUGAGGAAGCAGACAUACCUCAGUACAUUCCUCUCAUAGUUCGUCCUCUUUACCCGCCCAUCGUUACUCAGAGGCCGUCCCAGCCCAGCUCCAAUAACAGACUCAUUUAUACUCACAACCCCUCUGAAACAGUCCCACUGUUGGUUUAGUUAACCCCGCUCAGAGCUGGGAAACGGAAGUCCAGCUCAGUUUGAAAGUGCAAAUAUGUGGCUCUCAUCUGUAUUUGUCCAUUUGUUUUUAAACCAAAGCAUUCAGGAGACAUAGAGCUUUCAUUUUUCUAUGACCAUAUUAGGAAAAUAUUGAGCUGAAAUACAAAAAACAUGCAAAAUCAGCAAGUAGAAAUGUGUCCCAGUGCAGUUUUGACAUUAAUCAGAAGUUUUUUCUUCCUUUUUUUUGCUCUCAGCUUUGCCAACAGAGGACUCUGUUACCUGUACACUGAACUUUGUAAGACCACAAACACGCAGAAGUUCACUCUAUUUAUCAGUACAGUUUACUUUUAAUAAACAAAGGACGUUAUCGUAUGUCAUGCUCGGAUCAUGUUUGAGAGACACGAAGGAGACCGAGCUGAAAGAAAAACAGCAGGUGGUUGCAUUAAAGGCAGGCGUGCAUGAUAUGAAAUAUUCUAUUACUUCCAAACACAGGUUUUUGAGUUAAAAGAAAAAUGCUGUUUUAAUAAAUGAAAAAUUUUAUUAUGACAUUAAUUAAUUGAACCUCAGGAGGCUCAAACUGCAAAUAUGUGGCAGCUUGUAAAUAUAAUCUCAGUGAUGGUCAGAAGAUUCGGGAUCCGACGAGACCCGGAACAGAUCUUGCUAGAGCAGGUGGUCAAAAAAAAUCCCUGCAGGUCCCUGAUGCAAACAGCGACAGACUCCAGUAAUAACAAUUUAAACUGGUUUUCACAAAACUAAGACAGAAAAUGAACCAAUCUCUCUCUACAUACAAACUUUCAAACCGUCAAGCUGAAAGGAUUUCUGAGCAUCUGUCAUGUUUGAAGGUUUAAGUGACUGAAAACGUUUUUAUUUAUGCUGGCUUUUAAUACCCAGUAGCGUGGUGACACUCUAUUUUAUUGCAUCAUAUCUUAUUGCUUUUAUUGUUUUUAUUGCAAUUCUAUCUACUAUGUAUUGCAAAGCACUUUGGUUCAUCGAAAGUGUUGUUGUAAAGGGCUGUAUGAAUAAAGAACAUUUACAUUUACAAAUGUCAGCAGCCAUGUGACGUUUCAUUUUGAAACCAGUCAGACUGAAGCUGGAGGGUCCACUAAGGCUGUCUAUGAAACCCUCUAACAGGGCAGCUGUCUGCACACCUUUAUGACCAGCUGAGUUGGACUUUGUAGACGGACUGUAAAACCUUCUGAGUUUAUCAGGUGUCUGUUACAUUUAUGGCAGGAGGUUAUCUGGAGGCUGUCAUCCAAUCUCUCUGCUCGAUUAUGUAACUCUGAUGCCUUACAGGAAGAAAUACAAGCUACGAGCUUCAUCCAGUGGAAAUGAUUUUCACAGAAGUUGGUUUCAUGAAGGCCCCCUUCACAGGGACAGUCCCCACCUGUUUAUCUCACUCCCCGUCCCUGUCCUGGUUUAGUUCUGAGUCCAUCAUGUGCCAAACCAGAGUGAGAAUACAAAACACCACUGUCUCAUCCCUCCCCUCUCCUUCUCCUUCUUCUUCUUCUCUCUUUUUCAGCUUCAAUAAGAAGGACUCUGAGGCGGCUGGAGCUCAGGCCCGACUGAAGGACCUGGAGGCUCAGCUGAACGCCAAAGAGGGGAUGUUAACCACGGCGCUGUCUGAGAAGAGGAACCUGGAGGCCACGCUGAGCGAUCUACAGGAGCAGCUGCAGGAGGUACAUGAGCUUUAUCUCCUGCAGUCUGUUUGUCUGGACUUUGAUGCAGACAGAGGAGGCUCAGAAACGAGUUAUUUCCUGUCUCUGGAGAAGUCAUGUGACACAAAGUCAGCCCCCUGUUUAGAAAGUACCUUCAGGUCCUGUGUUUCAUGGCUCACUAGCCUUCUUUUAACCUCAUUGAAGGCCCAAAGAGGUCAAAGAAAGGUGAAACAGUUUUCAAAUCCAAGAAUAAAUGAAAGUAGCCAAGAAAUGGAAAUGAAAACAGGGAAAGGAAUAAUCCCUUUAAACAGCUGAUUAAAAGACGAUCAUCCUUUUUAAUUCAUUUGCUUUGAAAUUGUUAUUGUUCUUUUUUCUUACUGCAACUUAAGCGUUUUGUUUUGUGGUCUUAUUUUCUCCUGGAAGUUCUAAUUUUGCCAAACCUGACAAAGAUUUGUUCUAAUCCACCUGGUCUUGUUGUUAUUUUCAGCUGGACUCAGGUCUGGCUCAGGCUAAAAAGCAGCUCGCUGAUGAGACGCUGCAGAGAGUGGACCUGGAGAACCGCUGCCAGAGUCUGACGGAGGAGAUGGACUUCCGUAAGAGCAUGCACGAGGAGGUGAGGAGCCGAGCGCUUACUUUGCUUUAAGUUUUGCAUCACAGUCAACCACAGCUGACUGGAGUAAAUCAGGAUGAGACGACAUCAGGGUACUCUUGUCUGGAUGCUCUGACCUGUGUUUUACUCUGCAGGAGGUGAAGGAAGCCCGGCACCGGUACGAGUCCAGACUGGUGGAGGUGGACUCUGGACGGAAAGAGGAGUACGAGUACAAACUGACUCAGGCUCUGACCGACAUGAGGGGUCAGAACGAGGAGCAGAUCAAGAUCUAUAAGGACAACAUUGAGAGCACCUACCAUGCCAAGGUAACACACACAAACACACACACACACACACACACACCCUAAAUUUCUCUAAAAUAAGUUUAUUUCUUCGUGCACUUGGAGGAACUUUUGCAGCCGUGCUCUGAGGCGCUCAUUCCUAUGUCUCCUCUUGAAACAGCAGUGUGUUCAGAUGUUCAGAAAUGAGGAGAGUUGUUGUAGUACACAGAAGAGCCAUCAGAGGGCAGUCUUUACUGAGGGAAGGGACAGCCAGGCAGAGAGGAGGUAACUGUGGGUGACUUCAUGUGAGAAGACUCAGUCAGUCAGUCACUCGGUCAGUCAGUCAGUCACCUGUCUGUUUGGUUAAAUAAUCAUGUCUCAGCACUCCUGUGAGGAACUCUCGCCUCUCAGCAGUAUUUGCUGACCUCUACAUGCGCAUGUGGAGCCUUAGUUUUCACAGAAAAUCUCCUCCUGCUAACUUUGACAGUCAAACGUGUCACUUUAGGUAUUACUUUGUGGGAAAAUAAUGAAAGCAGGACUGCAUCUCUGGCCGAUAGGCUGACACCUGACCCACUACAGAGGUUCCAGACAUAAAAAAAAAAAAAAAACUACAACACAAAACAUGAAUUCUUGUCACUGAGGAUCUUGUUUCCUUUUGUAUAUCAGAAAAAAAAGAUAUCAACAUGACUUUCAGUUUAUUUUAUGAACAUCAAAAACUCCUCACAGGACUUUGAACUUGAUAUUUAUUAAAUGUGUUCACCUAUACCGAUGUUUGAUGUGUGGUGCAGAAAAUAUAUAAAAUACGUUCUGUUUGGGCUCUUAAAGCUUUUUAAAGGUUAUUUGAUUUAAUUAUAAUUUAAAUCCACUUAAAUUCAAAAAUGGUCUUUUUGAGUUUGUGUGCAUGUGGUGUCUGGCGCCUCUGCAGACACCUCAUAGUGGACAUUUGUGGAACCGCAGUUUUUGUUCAGGUCAUCUUAUUGCACUCAAUGAUGAUAAUGUGUCCAAAAUUUAAAUCACCAGCAGCUCAGCCUCAUAUAUUUCAUCAGUGGUGAAAUUUCAGGAAGGUCUAAAAAGAGAAAACCUCCACUCUUUCCCUCUGUGGUCUUUCUUCGGUUAGUUUGCAGAACUUCAGUCCCGAGUUUCACCACAAUGGUCUCAGGCUCUCUUCCUGAUGCUGAUAAAGCAGUGUCUAACACAGCGUUCAGUCUGUUUCUGCUGGUUACUCUUCUCUCAUUUUACUGUUAUCAGUCCUUCUCUGAGUCUCAAAGAUGCCGUUAAAUCAGCAUUUCAUCCACCAUGUGUCCCGCCAAAAUACCAGAAUCAACAAUAAGUCAGCUGUUUAUUUCCAAACCUGACAAGAGAAUCAGCAAAAGGUCCAAAAUUAGUGUUAAUUUUUGUGAUAAUGUGACAGCAAACCUUCUGUCUUGUUUCCAAAUGAAGCAAAAUAAGAUCAUUUGAAGAUCACUCAACAAACAGCGUUGUGUUGGUCUUGUUUGCAGUUGUGUUGUUGCUGAAAGGGUGCAUAUGUGAACCUGCGGUUUCAUGCGGUGUGCAAACAAUAAGGUUGCAUGAAGGUCAAAUUGCCUUCAAAACUGAUGCAAAAGUUCAUCUAAAUACAAAAACACAGUUUUUCUGUUGUGUGUGUGUGUGUGAGCUCUCCACUCUCCAUCACGAGCGUUUACAGUUGUAACGUUAAGUAAUAGACGCAUCAGUCUCUUACAAAUCAAGGGAAACUAAAAAUAAAGCAAGUAAGAGUUCAAACCUCUGAGCAGUGAGUUCCUGUGUGUCAGGAAGUGCACCGAGCGCCUCGGUUCCUCUUUCUGACUGUGAUGAGGAGGAAGCAGCGUCUGAAGGUGUUGAUGUUUCUCUGUGCGAUCAUCCACAGCUGGAGGAUCUCCAUCGUCUCUCUGAAAUGAACGGAGCGUCGGCCAACAUGGCCCGAGAGGAGCUGAGAGAGUCCUCGCUGAGGAUCGAGAGCCUGACCGCACAGCUGACAGGACUCCAGAAGGAGGUAAGAAUGUCAUCUUUACCUUUCAUUUUUACUUCUUGGGCAUCUGUGUUUAAAUAAAACUCUCACACACGCUGCUUUUUUUAGGUGAAUACAGGUGUGUUUCAGUGUCCGGUUAAAAAAGAAAUGACCCUCAUGAUGACGCCCCUUAUUUUCCUUUCAUCUGUUUUCUUCUGUUCAAAUUUUGUUCACUACAGUAAACUAGAUGUUUUCUUUAGCUUUGCUGGUUUUCUUUCUGACUCCUCUUUGAGUAAUUUUACUUUCUUACAUCCAGUUUUGUCUUUGUGACAGAUUAAAUUGAACAGCCUUCACAUUUCUACCACCGUCAAAGGUUCAAACACGAUUAAGAUUGUGUUUUUAUUGGUGUACUUUUUCCUUUUGGUGUUUUGGAGACUAUUAGAAACACAUAAGUCCCUGCUGAUGUUUGAAAGCUCAGUAUUUAUGAGCUGAAAUGAAGACCUUCACAAACAGGAACACAGACUUCUAAGUUCACUUGUUUAUCGGGUUUAAUUACUCUUCGUCUCUGACUGCUUUUGUCUCAUUUGUGGAUUUUUUUUCCUGAAGAAAAGUUCAAAACAGUCGUGAUGAGCAGGAGUUUCCUCAGCAGGAAUAAGCAACUACAGCUGACCUUUCUGUGCAGUGUUGCAGCUUCCCAAACAAAACCCCAACAACUGAGACUGAAAGAUUUAUAAAGGGACACCACACAGCUGUCAGAAUGUUUAAAAUACUUCUCUGGAUUUACCUUCAUGCUCACGUGUAAAUAGAGUUUGUCUCUCUAAACGUGUAUGACAGCAUCCCUCGCUACUUCAUUUCAGACUCGCGGUUGGCGUGAUCGUAUAAUGGAGCUGGAGGCGGCCCUGACUCAGGAGAAAGAUACCAGCCGCAGGAUGCUGAUGGAAAAAGACCGCGAGGUGGCCGAGAUCCGGGCAAGGAUGCAGGAGCAGCUCAAUGAGUACGAGCAGCUGCUCGACGUGAAACUGGCCCUCGACAUGGAGAUCAACGCCUACCGGAAACUCCUCGAGGGAGAGGAGGAGAGGUGAGGAGGUGCAGAGACAGAGAUCUGAACUUGAGUCUUUUUGAAUGGAUUAAACUAAGCUUUUCUUUUUUCGUCCCCUCAGGUUGAAGCUGUCUCCCAGCCUGUCCUCUCGGGUCACCGUGUCUCGAGCUUCAUCCAGCAGCCGCAGCAUUCGCACCGCUCAGGGCAAGAGGAAGCGCAUAGACGUGGAGGAGCAGGAGGCCAGCAGCUCAGUGUCCAUCUCUCACUCCGCCUCGGCCACAGGACCCGUCAUCAUUGACGAGAUCGACACUGACGGGAAGUUCAUCAGCCUGCAGAACAGCGGGGACGAGGUGAGGCGUUAGAGGAUGUAGAGGAUGUGUUUUAGAGAAAAAUCUAUAAAUGGAGUAAAUGCUAAAUGUAGGGUGUGUUUGUUUGUGUUUGUGUGUCUCAGGACCAGGCCAUGGUGGGAUACGAGAUGACCAAAACGAUCGGAGACGAGGAGGCCACCUACAAGUUCACUCCCAAAUAUGUGCUGAAAGCAGGACAGAAAGUCAUGGUGCGAGUUUUUUAUUUGAAGUUUGCAUAUUGAGAAGCUCCAACAGAGACGUGUAACCACGCAGAGAUGAAAAUCUGAUCUUCUGUUUGCAGUUAUUUAGUGUCUCACAAUAACUCUUUCUGUUUGUCUCUGUGGUCCUGUGUGGUGCAGGUGUGGGCCUCUGAUGCAGGUGUGAGCUCUAAACCUCCCACAGACCUGGUGUGGAAGAAUCAGAGCUCUUGGAGCUCUGGAGAGGAUGUCCAAGUGGUGCUCAUCAACCCUCAGGGAGAGGUCAGAACACACACACACACACACACACACACACACACGUCACACACAGAUCAUUUACUAAGAAAAGUGUUUGUCGGCGGUUAAAGGAACUCUUGAAUUUCUCACCUGUUGUUGAUUUAUGCGCUGACGUUGUGUGUGUUUGUGCGUCUCAGGAAGUGGCGAAGCGAACCACCACAUACACAACCGCAGUAGAGGAGCAGGGAGAGGAAGAUGAUGAUGAAAUCGAGGCUACGGAGGAAGAACUCCUCCAGCAGCAGGUGAGACAAACAGUUUGAGCUCCACAGAUGGCAGGAAGGCUUGUGGACUUCUUUUCUGCUGAGUAAGAGAGAGAGAGAGAGAGAAACGUUUUUGUUUAUUAGGCUUUCCAGACAGAGUCACAACAUAGAGCUGUUCGAUUGACUGUUGUGUAUUCAUAAAGCAUAUUCAAUGACGGAGAAAACACUGUUUCUAAUGUUGUUUCAACAAUAACUCUCAGAUUUAAAAUCAGAGUCCAUGCCUGCAGCACUUGAGUGUGGUGUAAAUUAACCAGCCUUCAUCCUGGUCAGUUAAUGAAGGACUGUAGUGCUGAUUGAUGCUUUGCUUCUUCAUACUGCGCCCCAGUUUAUCGUCAAUCCCCAAUGUUUCACUAGUACGAGAGUUGCCUGUUUAACCUUUUUUCUUUAUUUUUCUUAAAUCAACAAUCAAAGUGUUUUCCUGCUGCAGCUGUUGGCAAACUUGACAGCUUCACAGCGCUCAGGUCCUGCUGUCCCGUGCUCAGAUCAGUUGCCUAGAUGUGACGCGAGGCGUUUGGGUGAAAGCAAAUUGUUGGGUCUAAAACCUGCAACAAGCGACUCAAACACAAAGAAGAGAAAGACAAUGGUGUUAGAUUUCUUACUCGCGAGGAGAACGGACAGAGAUACGUUCAGUUACAAUCUCCUACCGCUCUAAAGUGUAUCUUGUCGUCUCCUCUCUUUUUAUUAUCCUAGUUACAUAACGCUGAAUACACUAAAGGGUGGGGAAUCAAUCUGCAGCAGCGUUUUCACUUUCAUAACACAUAUUUAUACUAGAGUAAGCAUGUGCAGACUUCUUCUGUAGAUGUCAAGAUGACCGCUGACAUUUCACCGUCUCCUUUGCGGUGGUUAACUGUUCACAGCGGAGACAGGUACCCAUCUGCUUAUCUGCUUACUGCAAGAAGGCAAGCUCAGAGAUGGAGGAAAAACACACAUGAGUGUCUGCUCAUGUGUUGCAAAGCAAAAGCUGAAGGCAGUUCAUAUUGAGUAAAGCUACUGAUAAUUUCUAUAAACUUUUAUACACAUCACUCUAACACAAAUAAUGUGGGUUACGCUGAAAACCCCGAAUUUAAGACACAACAUGGACAUUUCAGGACUAAAUCCUCUCAUGGGAAUCUCACAAAAUCAGCAGGUCAGCUGAGAGUAUUUGUAUAAAAAGAAAAAAGCAUGAGCAGCCGUGAUAAUAGCAACAAUCUUUACAUUGUGACAUUCACUUUUGAUGAAAAAAUACCAAAGUGGAAAGCUACAGAGUAUAACCGUCAUAAGGGAAUGGUAGGACCACCAGUAGUGGUUACUCUUCCAGAGGAACAUGUAUUGCUCGACAAAACUGAGGGACAUGUUGCAUAAGAAACAAAUAGUGAAGUAACUGUUUAUUCCCUUUCCUGGAAAGACGAUUAAAGACUCAUUAACCUCGAGUUCAGGGAACACUUUUUUCUUGUAUCCACUCGAUGCAGAAGCUGUGUUCCGUUCUUUCGAGAGUUAAAAUCACUCUGAACCUGAUUUCUUAUCUCAGCCUCCUGUCAGCAUGAAAGAGUUUCUCUACCAACUUCAAUUCUGAGAGGACGAGACCUAGACUAAAGAAAGUCCCUGUUUGUUUUGACUGUUUUUUUUUAUUUAUUUAUUUAUUUUUUUGACCGUUUGCAGGGAGAUCCUCGCACCGCUAAGAGAGGCUGCUCCAUCAUGUGAUCGAUCUUCACCAACUAGCCUCCUCCUCCUCCUCCUCCACCUUCCUCCUCUGAGCCCAGCCAGUCUGCUGCCAACUGUAAUACUAGAACUAUUUUUCUAUCUUUUGUAGUGUAUUUCAAUAAAAUGUCUGAAUUUUAUUUUGUCUGUUAAUUUCACAAAAUAAAAAAAACAGCUUCUGGUAGAUGAAAAUCACCCGUAGAACCAAAUCAAACCACAUAUCCACAGAGUUUGUAGUUUCACUUUUUUUAACUUUCAACAAUCAGCUGGUCUCAGACGACUGUGUGAAUUAUUUUUCUUUUGCUACGUUUUUUUUUUUUUUUUUUUUUGAUAGAUUUUAAUUUUGUUAUUUUAAUGUAUAUUUUAUCUUAUUUUUAUUAUCCAUGCUUUAUUUUUAGGCUUUUAAAGACACAUGAAAAGCCACAAAUGCAUCAGCGAUAAGAUCAGGUUAUAAAAAGCUAAAAAAAAACAUCUGUAAGAUUGUAAAAAAAAUAAAUAAAUAAACACUAAAUUUUCAGCAGGGACGGGAUCUAAUGUCAUCAAUUUCUUCUGGGAUCAGUUUGGACCUUAAGAGGACAAUAAGUCAGAAUUUUGGAAAAGCCUGUUUCUGCUUGUAUCUUCAGAAAAAUAAGAAAAUGAAAUAACCAUGAUUGUAUGAGUGUGUUCAGAUUAAGUCAGAGAAGUUUGAGGUUUGAUUGCAGAUUUGAAGGCCUGUAUGUGCAGAAACUUUAAAGCUGAAAUCUGGAUCAGCAGCAACUUUCUGCUCCAGAUUUUUUAGUUUUGUAGAAAUAAUAAUGGUGCCAGAAUAAUGUAAUGAGACGCACACUGCCCUCAGGUUUUUGAUGCAACAAACAUUUCUGUCUCUGACUCUGAACACGUGUUGCACCACUAACUAAAGUGUUUGAUUGUAUUCUUAACUUUUUGCUAUUUGAACUGUUUGAAGUAAGUUUUGUGUUGGUGUUACUAUGCAUGCUCUGACUGUAGCCUUUGUAGCUGAAUGAUUAAAUGUUGUUUUCUUGUA